AUGUCUAACCUUGCUCCUGAGCCCGAAUUCGAGCAGGCCUAUAAUGAACUCGUAUCCACCCUCGAGAACUCCAGUCUUUUUGAGCAAAAGCCAGAAUACAGAACUGCUUUGAAAGUAGUCUCCAUCCCAGAGCGAAUCAUCCAGUUCAGAGUUGUCUGGGAGGACGACAAACUCCAGACCCAGGUAAACAGAGGAUACCGUGUGCAAUUCAACUCUGCUCUCGGUCCGUACAAGGGUGGUCUUCGACUUCACCCAUCGGUCAAUCUUUCCAUCUUGAAGUUCUUGGGUUUCGAGCAGAUCUUCAAGAAUGCUCUCACUGGAUUGAACAUUGGUGGUGGUAAGGGAGGAGCCGAUUUCGAUCCAAAAGGCAAAUCCGAUAACGAGAUCCGAAAGUUCUGUGUUUCCUUCAUGCGCGAGCUUAGCAAGCACAUUGGUGCCGAUACCGAUGUCCCAGCCGGAGAUAUUGGUGUUUCUGGACGUGAGAUUGGAUGGAUGUUUGGUACAUACAAGGCCGAGACAAGAAAGUGGGAGGGAAUCCUCACUGGAAAGGGAGGAACCUGGGGUGGAUCUCUUAUCAGACCAGAGGCCACUGGAUAUGGACUUGUCUACUACGUCAACCACAUGAUCGAAUAUGCCGGCCAAGGCUCGUUCAAAGGCAAAACCGUCGCCAUCUCCGGCUCCGGCAACGUCGCCCAAUACGCAGCACUCAAAGCCAUCGAGCUCGGCGCAACCGUCGUCUCCCUCUCCGACUCAAAAGGCUCACUGAUCGCCACCGCCGACUCUCCCAUCACCCCCGAAGACGUCAACGCCAUCGCAGCCCUCAAAGUCAAACGCCAAGCCCUCACCGACUAUCAAGGCAAACACAAAUACAUCGACGGUGCCCGCCCUUGGACCCACGUCAAAGUCGACGUCGCCCUUCCUUGCGCGACCCAAAACGAAGUCUCCAAAGAGGAAGCUGAGGCUCUAGUCAACUCCGGCGCGCGCUUCAUCGCCGAGGGCUCCAACAUGGGAUGUACCCAAGAAGCCAUCGAAGUCUUUGAAGCCAACCGCCGCGAGAAGAAAGACGCCGCCAUCUGGUACGCGCCCGGCAAAGCUGCCAACGCCGGCGGUGUCGCCGUGUCCGGCCUCGAGAUGGCGCAGAAUAGCCAGCGUCUGAGCUGGACGUCUGAGGAGGUGGACGAGAAACUCAAGGGUAUCAUGGAAGCGGCGUUCAAGAACGGCUUGGAGACGGCGAAGAAAUAUGUUAAGGGUGGGGAAGGCGAGUUUCCUAGCUUGGUUGCGGGCUCGAACAUUGCCGGGUUUGUGAAGGUUGCGGCGGCGAUGCAUGAUCAGGGGGAUUGGUGGUAG